AUGCAUCCGAAUAAAACCCUCAUCUAUAAGCUAUAUACGCCGCAUUGCCCGGUUCCCGGGGUGCAUCUAACAACCGAGUCCCGCCCAUUAGACCUGGACGCCGCUCCUCCCCCUGGAGGUAUUACCAUCCAGAACAUAUAUCUAUCGCUAGAUCCUUAUCAGCGGGGGCAGAUGCGUCUCCCCUCAGAUACGGGCACUUAUUCGAUGCCUUGGAUAGAGGGCGAACCAGCCGUAGUCACUACUCUUUCUACUGUACUCAAAUCUGACAACUCGCGAUUUAAGCAGGGUGACACUGUCAUAGCUAUGGCUGAUGCGGGUGAAUUUGCGAUCGUACCCGCGAAGCUAGCAGAUUUUGCUCGCGUCUGUCCGCCACUCCCCCCGGGAGUGACGAUACCUUCUUCAGCGAUUAUCGGUGCGCUUGGCAUACCAGCCCUAUCAGCCUACGUCAGCUUUUUCGAGUUCGUGCCAGAGCCUCGAUCAGGGAAAACCCUCUGGGUUUCCGCAGCUAGCGGUGGCGUAGGUCAGGUGGUAGGGCAGUUAGCCAAGAUGCACGGCAUGAAAGUCGUUGGAAGUACCGGAAGUUCCGAGAAGGUUGAUUUCCUAGUUAACGAACUUAACUUCGACGCAGCGUGGAACUAUAAGAACGAAACAACCGCAGAAGCGUUGAAACGACUGGCACCAGAUGGAUUGGAUGUCUAUUAUGAUAAUGUAGGAGGUGAACAACUCGAAACUGCUUUAACAGUGAUGAAAGACUACGGCACCAUAGUGUCGAGCGGUAUGGUAUCACAGUAUAACCUUCUUAAUGAGGAGAAAUAUGGUAUCAAAACGGGGAUGAACAUCUUCCUGAAGCGCCUUACUAUCAGGGGGUUCAUCUGUUCCGAUCCACAUCACCUUACCAAGUACCUACCUUCAUUUGCCUCAGAUAUGAUCACUUGGAUCGCCCAGGGGAAGAUCAAGACUAAAGAGGAGGUUAUUCUCGGGAUAGAUAAUGCACCAGUUGCAUUUGUUCGAAUGAUGGAGGGAAACAAACUAGGAAAGAUGGUGCUCAGAGUGAGCGGUGACUAA